GAAAAUUGCUGCUACGACUUAGAAAACAGAGAAAGAGCAGACAAUUAUUUGAGAUUACACACUCUCCGUGUGAAUUAAUUUGUUAUUUGGAUCUGUGUUAUUGUGUUUAGUUACCUCAGUACACUGUGCGUUUGCUUGAAAUCACUGCAACAACUCAACCGGCUUAAGAUUUGGUAGUUGCUGGGUGGGCAUUAUCCCCAUUCCCCAGCUAGUUAGCUAGCUAGCUGAAAGUGCUAGGUGUGCUAGCUAGCUAACCAAUGUGAACUGCCGCUGCCUGGCAAUUAGCAACCAGUAUUCCACGCAGCAUUCAAGCUGAGAACAUAAGUCAUUGCUUGGCUGAGAACUGUCUGUUCUGCGCCUGAAAUCAGUCAUGGAGAACGAUGCUUGUGUAGUACAGAAGAAUGGUGAUGCUGCAGUGGACCAAGCUAAACAACAGCCAGCAGCCACAGCUCCUUUCAGAUACACCAAGGAGGAGCUUCUGGAAAUAAAAGAACUACCAGUCUCAAAUGAAAGACCAGAGUGUCUUUCUGAGAAAUAUGACAGUGAUGGUGUCUGGGACCCUGAGAAGUGGCAUGCUUCACUGUAUCCCACUUCAGGGCGUAGCUCUCCGGUGGAAGGUUUUAAGAAGGACUAUGUGGAUGAUAGAGUUCCUUUGAAACGAAGAAUCCCAGAUCCUCGUGAGCGGUUAAAGGAGGAUGAUCUGGAUGUCAUACUGAGCCCGCAGCGACGCAGCUUUGGAGGUGGAUGUCAAGGCAACGCUGCCAUCGCGCUUCACACCCGUCGCCCAAGCAGCCCUCUGGAAAAUAAGGAGAAUGAGAGUCUCCGUCUGGGAGCAGCACGCAGAAUCGGCAGUGGCCGCAUAAUUGCUGCCCGAGCCUUUGAGAGAGACGCUCGUGCAGAGAAAGAGAGGGAUCGUGAGAGAGACUUAAAGGAUAAAAGAUUCAGGAGAGAUUUUGGUGACAAACGUGUGUUUAGUGAAAGGAGAAGGAAUGACUCUUAUGCAGAGGAGGAGCCAGAGUGGUUCUCCGGGGGUCCCACCAGCCAGUCUGAGACAAUUGAGCUCAUUGGAUUUGAUGACAAAAUCCUGGAAGAUGAUAAGCGCAAGUCCAAGCGGUCAAGGAAGCGAGCAGAGUCUUUAAAAGAAGUAGUGGAAUGUAAUGGCGGACAGGCUGGAGAGCAGGAUGUGGGUUUGCGACCUGCUGCUGAUCAGGAGGUUCCGCACCCUGAUGUUCUGCCUGAGCAGUCGACUGGAGACUUUGACUUCAAUGAAUUCUUCAAUCUGGAGAAGACUGUGCCAGGACUGGCCUCUAUGAUAGAGGAUGUUUUGGGGGAGGGUCCUGUAUCAGCUAGCCGCUUCAGUCAGUGGUUCUCCAGUAACAUGAGCCCUUCGUGCAGCCAGUCCAGCAGUUUGAGGUCUACUCCCCAUGAGGAGCUGGAAAAACUUGCAGGGCUUGAGCCAAGUUGCACAUCUCCUGGACACGGCCCUGCUCCGUACUUCACACCUAUUCAGUCAUCAGAGUGCAAGGAGAAGGUUGAUAUCCUUGAGCUGCUGCAUAAAGCCAAAAUAGACCUGAAGCCGCUUCUUUCCACCUUGUCAGUCAACAAAGCUCGGCUACGGGAAAGCACUAACUGUGGAGCUGUGCUCUCGCUGGAGGAAGUGGAAGGAGAGCUGAAAGGGAUGAAGCUGGGCUCAGAACCACAGGUGCGAAAGGUACCGCCUCCACAAAAAGGAAAUGGCACACCGUUCAUGGCUGAACAUUUAGAGGAGGCUUUAACCGGUGGCUCCGGUGCUCGUCCACACUCGCGUGACUCUGACAUGUCAGCCUUUAAUAAACUUGUCAGCAGCAUGAAGGCAAGUGGAACUCUGCCAACUCACCCCAAAACCAACACAAACAAUCAACCUUCAGAUCCAGCUGUGGUGACUGUGUCUGAGGUUCCAGUGCCUGCUCAACAGCAGAAGAACAUAUUUCAGGAGCUUUUGGGAGGUCCUGCUCGUAGUGGCUCCCCUGCACCACUUGGCAAUCUGUUGGGGAGCUCUGAAGGACCAGCGACAUCUGCCCCUCUACAUGGACUACUGCACAAGGGGCCGUCGCCCCCUCUCUUUCCACAGAGGGCUCCUUCACCUGACUACUUCAACAGUCGGUUGCAACCCCCACAAGGUUUUCCUGUUGGUCCUCAGCCUAUGCUGCCAGAACAGUUUGCUGAUGUACACAGGUCCAUCAGCCCUGGAUCUGCUGCACAGCAACAGAUGAGAGUGCUCUCCAUGCCAGUGAAUCAAGCAGACUUUGAAGCUCUGGCAUUCCAACAAGACCUUGCUCUACAUGCCCACCACUCGUUCCAGUCCGGCUACAAGCCACCUCAGGACAAAUCUUUUCGAAAUAGACUGCAGCGUGCAAAUCGCUCCCCUGGUCCUGGCCCUCAGCCUGCUGGAAGAAACUCCCCAGGCAAUGCUGUCACCAGCAUGUUGUCCCCAUCAUUCACACCCACAUCUGUGAUCCGCAAAAUGUAUGCAACAAAAGAUAAAAGCAAAGAGGAACCAUCGAGUCGUUCGGAGACCAAGGAGGAGGCAGCAACACAUUCUCAAGAUGACAGCAGCUCCCCAAAUCUAUACUUGGACAUGAUGGAUGGGAAGGCUGCCCAGUCUGCGGGAGUGAAGGCCAGCUCGCAGACCUUGCCGAACAAGGACCAGGAGCGUCUCAGGUCUGGCACCACUGGACACCAUACGGCCACCAUGGCUCCUCCAGGUCCCUCCUCAUCUUUUCCUCGUCCCAUUUAUCCGGUACCGCUGCUAUCUCAUGUACCUGUGGUGCGACCUCCUCCUCAGCUCCACCCUAAUGUGGUUCAGCGAAUGCUGGCACAAGGUAUCCAGCCCCAGCAACUUGGACCUGCUCUUGUGCAAGCAGGUAUAUUUCCACCACAUGUUGACCUUGCACAACUUCAAGGUUUGCCUCCUGCCCUGCUUGGACAACCACUGUACCCUGUAAGUGCAACAGGGCAUCCACUUCUACCUCCCAGAGCCAACACUCAGAUGCAAUUAGCAGUGAUGCAGCAGCAACUUCAGCAACAGAGACCAAUACAUCCAAGUAUCCCAGGCCCCCAGUCACAGAGCCAAGGCCCUCACCGGACAAACGGCUCCCAGCAACAUGGGGGCAGCCCUCCUCUAGGCCUUGCAAAGUGGUUCGGAUCAGACGUGCUAGAACAGCCACUCCCCUCCAUGCCGGCCAAGGUCAUAACCGUAGAUGAGUUGGAGUUCCGGCCUUAAGAAAAUAGACACUGUGCUGGAUAGCAAAAUUUUUUUUCUUUUUCUUUUUGUUCAUCUCCACCUUCUCCUACCAUAAAAAUGUGAACUUUAAUUUGAAAGACAAUGUACAGACCUGAACAGUCUAACCAUGCCAUUAUUCGUCCUCAAAUUCAAAGUCACUAUGUUUGAAGAGGCUUAUCACGAGAAAUGGGAAGACAAGUGAUGGUGGUUAGUUUUGCCAACUGAGUGAAUUUUUUUUCCUUUUUUAUUUGUAUUCUACUCAGUGCAGUAAAUAAUGUAUAGGCCCAAUUGUACAGACCAUGGGAAAAAAUCUUAUUAUCCCUGUAUAUAGCUAUUUUUCCUUUUCUUGGUAUGGGGGAAGGUGAAGCCAUCCUGCAGGUCAUCUGAUAACUGCGAGAGACAGUCACCAAGAGCUGGUAGCAUUCCUUUGUCUUGUCCAGCUCUAAUUUCCUCCCUGAAGUCCUGAGAGAUGGGGCUUCUGCUAGUGUGAAAUGUUGAACUGAUGAGUAACUUGAGUGUGUACCUUACUCUUCCUUUGUGGCAUGGCUAGUGGCCCUUUUUCUGUAAAUGUGACUGACUGGAGCAUUUCAAGAUGAUGCCAGGGGAUGCAGCUAGUGCUGGUUGUGCCUUUUUUUUCUUUCUUUUUUUUUGUUUGUUUGUUUUGGUUUUUUUCUCCUUCCUUUUUAAACUGUAUCCUCUCCCAUCCAACCUGUCACAAGGGGAGGGCUGCACUGCUCACAUUGUCAAUUUUUGAGGGUGGUUGGGAUUCAGUUUGUUUGUGCUAUUAAGUUAUAAAAAGCACAAAUAGAAUUAAUAAAUAAAAUGUUCAGUAAAACACAA